AUGCAAAUACCUAAAUACCUGGCCCUGGCCUUGAUAGUAGAGACAAAUUUGGUGCAAUGUGGACUCAUACCACUUCUUACGCCAGAUUUCCUAGGGGAUGAAGCAGAAGAUACCUUUACUGACCCAGAUUCGAUAGAUGUGAAAGGUGGGGCAGAUUUAGAUCCAACAGUGUUUUUAGAAAAGAGAGCACAGCCUUUUGACAGCGAAAGAUAUGUAUUCCCCCCUUCAAGAUCAAUUGAUAGAUUUCUAGGUCGUCGACAUCCUACCACACUAGAUUUGAUAUCAGACACCUCGGUCAUUUCCACAGCAACGGUUUUACCAGUCAAAGCUACAGGAGGAGGAUUACCACCGGGACGGCCAGAGAAGGAGUCGAUACAGGAGGAGCCGUCGCCGGUCGAGGUGUUGCUAACACCAACUGAAGAUGUCAAUAACCCUGCAAUAGCUCCUUCAUCGACCGAGGGAGAACCGCCUGCACAAACAUCUAUGCCUAUGUUCUCGGCGAUUGAUAAUCUCAAUAUGGUUGGCCGUAUUGCAGGAGAUUCAAUGCCUGAUAUUGGUCUGGUAAGUAUUGAGGAUGAUAAUGUUAAUAUGUUAGUCACGACAAGUCCAGUUCCGGCGUUAGGCGGUGGUUUACCAGCUCUGGCCCCAUCCACUUUUAUGAUGGCCGACGUACAAGCUGCGGUAACUUCAUCCACGGACCUAAAUAUCGAGUCGAUUAUAACUGAGAGGAUAACUGUGACGGUAACAGCGAUAUCGACGGUGACCAUUACUUCGCUACCCGAUUCCUCUUUCAGCAUCACUGAAGAAGACACCACAGUGAUGGUAACGUCAACUAUAUCAACAACAAUCACUAUCACUUUAGUACCUGAUGUAACCUCGUUGGAGAUCACUACGGAUAGCCCCGCUGGAUUUAGCACUGAAGAACUGAGCAGUAAUACCGAUAUUCUUCUCCCUUCUUCGAUGGAAUCAUCUACUCCAGUCUCAAUGCUGCCUGAGACAAGCAGCCCAGCUAUCUCCACGGAGGUCCCAAUACCUUCUGCCAACACAACAGAUUCCGCCCUACAGCCCGAAGUUUUCGAUAAUGCAGGAAAUUCUACAGAAGACACGCCACCUUUUGGGAAUGUCCUGGGUUCUGUACCAGAAGCUGAAGUGUUUGACAAUCUUGCCAAUGCUACAGAGACCACAACACCUCUAGCGAACAUCACGGCUUCCACACCAGAACCCGAAGCAUUCGAUACUCAGGCUAAUUCUACCGAGACCAUCCUGCUUCCUGCGAGCACAGCAUCGUUGCCAGAAUCUGAGGUGCUGGAUGAUACAGGCAACUCUACUGAAACCACAGUUUCUGUUGUAAACGGCAUGGAUCUCUUGCCGGAAUCUGAAGCAUCUGAUUCUCAGGCAAACUCUACCGAAAGCACGGUACCUGUGGUAGAUUCGACGAUGCCAGAACCUGAGGUAUUCGACAAUACAGACACUUCUACUGAAACCACAGUACCUGUUGUAGAAGCCACAACUUUGGUACCAGGAACUGAAGCAUUUGAUUCUCAGGCCAAUUCCACUGAGAGCAUAGCACCUGUCGUUGAUACCACGAUUCCCGAACCUGUGUUCGAUAAUCCAGGUGGCCCUACGGACAACAUAGCACCUGUUCUUGAUACUACGGUCCCGGAGCCUGAAGUUGUCGAUAAUUUAAGUACUUCGACCGAGAGUACAGUACCUUCUGUGGACACCGCAACCGUGCCAGAACUUGAGGUCUUUGGUAAUCCUGGCAGUCCCACCGAAGAUAACACACCCUCUGAGAGCACCACUUCUUCUGUCCAAGAACCUGGAACGACUGACGAUGCAGUAACGCAGACAGAGGACACAGUAGUAGACGGCAGCCCCGAUGGGGAAAUGAACAGUACCGAUGGCCUGGAUUCAUCUAUUGCUAAACGAUCCAUCUUUAAUCCAUCUGCAAAAGCCAAUGUUGCGGUGUAUUAUGGUCAGACCCCUGCCACGGCUCAAUAUGACCUGCUAUCGCAGUGUUCUCAAUCUUCGAUAGAUAUAAUUGUGUUAGCAUUUAUAACGGGCAAAACAGCCGGUAACAAGCCAACUUAUGACUUUGGUCUUGGAUGUAGCGACACUGUCCCUUCGGCUUGCACAAAACUAGCAGCGGACAUCAACAAAUGUCAACGUGCAUAUGGAAAGAAGAUCCUCAUUGCAAUCGGUGGUGCAACAGGCAGGGUGACUUUCUCAAACGACGCAGAAGCGAGAGCAUUCGGUAACGCAGUAUGGGAUACUUUCGGUACAGUUUCAGCAAAGAAGGUGGGGAGACCUUUCGGAAAUGUUGUCGUUGACGGUUUUGACUUCGACAACGAAACUGGAAACCCAACAUCUUACCUCACACUUUCCAACACACUAAGAUCGCGCUUCCCUCGGUCUUCCGCUUCCGCGAAGCGAUUUUACCUGAGCGCCGGCCCUCAAUGCCCCUACCCUGACGCUUCGAACCCGAUGGACAUGUUACUCACGCUCGAUUUCGUGUUUGUGCAAUUCUACAACAAUCCAUCUUGCGAGAUUGGCAGCGCUGGAUUUCAGGACAGUUUGAAGACUUGGAGUCUCGCUCUGAGCCGAAAUGGAAGGGUUAGGGGACCGAGGGUGAUGAUUGGUGCACCCUCGUGGCCGCCUGCUGGGCCGACGGCGUAUAAUAAUGGUAUCAAGAGUGCUAAGGGCAUUAAUGCUAUCGUGGCGAGCACGAAAGGGAAAUAUGCGAAUUUGGGAGGGCUUAUGUUUUGGGAUGGACCGGAAGGGACUGCUAAUGUUGAGGGUGGAAGAAGCAUUCUGGGAUGGGCAAAGAAUGCUUUAUUGCGUUGA